UUUUAUUUAAUUGGGGAGAAGUCUUCAUACGGGGACUUCAGGGACUGAGGGAAACUUUUAAAAAGCAGCCGCACUACUGACAAAAGUUUGAGGAUAUGCUUUUUUCUUUCUUUCUUUACUUCAUAUAUUUUAUCCGGAGGUGGCCUCACAGUUUUGAAUCUCCUCAACCCCUGGAUUAAUUUAAAGAGUGUGUCUGUGUGAUGUAAUACGACCCCGGACUCUUACCGUCCGGAUUCUGCGCUUGUGAGUGGAACUUAAACAACGUUUUUAUUGACUUACGCGUCCCUUCAUUUUAUCUACGAUUUGGAGCAGAGAAAGUUGCGCGCCUGGGCUGCUAUGACAUAACGGGACACUCUUGGAAAACCCAGGCUGCUGAAUUCUUCUGAAAUGACCGGAUGACGCGUGUCCGUUGUUGAGCGGAGGAACUAUUUUUUUUUUUUUUAAGUUUACCAUUCAUUCAUUCAAUACCAAAACCAAGCCCAAUUUAUCUCCCCCGCGGCCUCCUUACGCCCUCCGAACGCUCCAUGGUGGAGACAUGGGAUGACUGGAGGCGGGGGUGCAGCUGAGGUGCGAUCCAGCCGAAGGACAAUGUUCACGCCCGGCGUUGGCAUCCCUCUGCUGCCGGGGCGUCUGGUACUGAUGCUGCUCCUGCUGUCCGCCUCCGAGCCCCGGCUCUCCCAGGCUUGUACCGGGCUGCUCGCCUCCACCAGCGGCUGCAGCUGCACGGACGAGCGGUCCAAAGCGCACGGCGUCCAGGCGUUUGGGAGACGGGUCAGCUGCAGCAAGGAGGAGCUGAGUGAACCUCCGGAUGCGGCCCUGCUGCCCAACAGGACCGUCACUCUGAUACUGAGUCACAACAAAAUCCGAGUCCUGCUUAAUGGAUCCUUCUUUGGACUUUACGCUUUGGAGAAGCUAGACCUCAAGCACAACUUAAUCAGCACCAUAGUGCCUGGAGCCUUCCAGGGUCUUUCUGAACUUCGGAAACUCGACCUGUCCAACAACCGCAUUGGCUGUCUGACUGCAGACAUGUUCCAGGGGUUGACCAAUCUCACCAGACUGAACCUCUCUGGUAACAUCAUAUCGACCAUGGACGCAGGAGUGUUUCAGGAGCUGCCGCUGCUCAAGCUUGUGAACUUCAACUCGGACUACCUGUCAUGUGACUGCGGGUUGCGUUGGGUCCCGGGGUUCUUUCGCGGCACCUCAGCCCGUCUGGGGGACGAGACGCUGUGUGCGUAUCCCAGGCACCUGAGGGGAACGCCCCUGCGCGGAUUAAAGGAAAACCAGCUGAACUGUGACGGCCCCCUGGAGCUGCACACCCUGUCGCUGCUGCCGUCCCAGCGUCAGGUGGUCUUCAAAGGCGACCGGCUGCCCUUCCAUUGCACCGCUGCCUUGGUGGACAAGAUCACCACCUUGCACUGGCGUCACAACGGUCAGCUGGUGACCUCUGACCCUGAGAUGUCUGUCCAGCUGGAGAACAGUGUGCUGCACGACUGCACCUUCAUCACCAGUGAGCUUAUUCUAUUCAACGUACAUGUGGAGGCCAAGGGAGAGUGGGAGUGUGUGGUUUCUACUGGGCGGGGCAACGCGUCCCGCAGUGUUGAAAUAUUGGUGCUGGAGAACAGCGCCUCCUUCUGUCCAGAGGAUAAAGUUGUCAACAACCGUGGGGAGUUCAGGUGGCCCAGAACUCUGGCAGGCAUCACCUCCCAUCAGUACUGCCUGCAGCUGCGUUACCCGUCCCUGUCUGUGGAAGGAGGUAUCGAACAGAAAAAGGCCUCCAGACAAUGUGACCGCUCUGGAAACUGGCAGGAGGCUGACUAUUCAGAGUGUCACUACACCAACGGCAUCACCCGUGUCCUACAUACCUUCAUCCUGAGGCCCAUCAAUGCAUCCAACGCACUCACCUUGGCUCAUCAGGUGCGCACAUACACCCUGGAGGCUGCAGGCUUCACUGACUCUGUGGAUGUGUUGUAUGUGGCGCAAAUGAUGGAGAAGUUCAUGGAGUAUGUGAAACAGCUGCGAGAGUUGUCAGAGGUGUUGGUGGAGAUGGGCAGCAACGUGAUGCAGGUGGACGACCAGGUGCUCGCUCUAGCGCAGAGAGAAAAGAGAGCCUGCAGCUCCAUAGUCUACUCGCUAGAGACGAUGGCCUGGCCUCAGCUACACGGUCAUGCUCAGGACUUCUCCAUGGUGUCUAGAAACAUUGUGAUGGAGGCGCACUUUAUUCGAUCAGCCCACUUCACGGGAAUAACCUGCACUGCUUAUCAGCGCCGCGAAGAAUUAACAAGCAGCCUGGGAAUGGACAGGUCAGAGUCCACCCAUGAGCAGCAGCUUCGUUUUCGCUGCAGCACCGGUUCCCAUAACACCUCCCUCAACAAUUUCCCACUUAAGAAUUCAGUAGCACUGGCCUCUGUGACUCUCCCAGCUACUCUGUUUCCUCCUGAUGCUCCUGCGGACUGUAAGCUGCAGUUUGUAGCCUUCAGAACCGGCAGCUUUUUUCCUCUCUCCGGGAACUCGAGCAACACUGGGGAACACUCUCGCCGACGUAGCGUCAACACUCCGGUCAUAUUUGUCGGCCUGGACGGCUGCAGCAGGAGGAACCACUCAGAGCCCAUCUGGGUUUCGCUGCGUCACUUGUCCCCUGGUACUGAUGCUGUGGCGGCUCAGUGGAGCCUCGCGGCUCUCGAGAAACGAGGAGGCUGGAGCGACGAGGGCUGUCAGCUGGUCCACAGUGACAGCAGCACGUCCACGAUGCGCUGCUCUGUGCUCGGCAACUAUGCCGUGCUGCAGGAGGUGCCUGACUUUCCCAACUCCACGCCCAUCUCUGGAAGGGUGCUCCACCCUGUGGUUUACGCCUGCACUGCAUUGCUGCUCCUCUGCCUCUUCACCAUCAUCAUCACGCACAUACUGCACCACAGCACCGUUCACUUAUCAAGAAAAAGCUGGCACACGUUGCUGAACACCUGCUUUCACAUCGCUAUGACGACGGCCAUUUACGCAGGAGGCAUAAGCCUGACCAGCUACCCAGUGGUCUGUCAAGCAGUGGGCAUCGCCCUGCACUACUCCUCGCUGUCGACCCUGCUGUGGGUCGGGGUCAGUGCCAGGGUCCUUUACAAAGAAGCCGUGUGGAGAAUACCACGGCUACCGGAGGGAGAGUCUCCUGCUCCACCUACUCAGCGACCUAUGCUCAGGUUCUAUUUGAUAGCCGGCGGAGUUCCUCUCAUCAUUUGUGGGAUAACUGCAGCUGUCAAUGUCAACAACUACGGCGACAACAGCCUUUACUGCUGGCUGGUAUGGCGCCCCAGUCUGGGGUCUUUCUUUGUCCCUGCUGGCCUAGUGCUGUCGGUGACCUGGAUCUAUUUCCUGUGCACCGUGUUUCGCCUGAGGCACCGCGUGACCAAAGAAUGCACGGGAACCACCCUGUCCACUCCUGUGACUGAACGCCAGCCUGCACUGGCAGGAAGCACGAGCCUCCUCUCCACAGACUCGGCGGUGGGACCAAUGAACCCUGUUGCCGUCCCGGAGGACCAGUACCCUCUUAAGACACAGUUCCUAGUGCUGGUGGCCACACAUUUCCUGUUUGUGGUUCUGUGGUGUUGCGGAGCCAUGGCAAUGUGGCUGACCGGACACGCUGGCUUGUUGUUCAGCUGUCUCUAUGGAAUUGCUGCCACGGUCCUGGGGGUUUUUCUGGUCGCGCACCACUGCUUUCGACGCCUGGACGUGCAGGCCUCGUGGAUGGCGUGUUGCCCGGGCUACCGCCGCUCCCAUCCUAUGUCUGCUUAUGCGCACACCUGCGCGGCGGGGAGUGGGACGCAGACCUCUGAGCAGGGAUCGCAACUUUUCAUCAACUGCCAUCCACCGCCUGACUCCCACAACUCAUCCGCUCGGUCAUCGUCCACGCCGAGUGGAAUCAGCAGCGUGGGCCCCGGGCCCUGCAAGCUCACCAACCUGCUGCAGGUGGCUCAAGAAAGCCCCAACAACACUUCACGUGCCCCCGUGGGUAACAACGCCAGCGCCAGUGCUGACAACAAGCCAACGAACAAUGUCCUGCCCACUGUUAAUUCUGCAGCGCCGUUGCAUCCUCACAAGAGGAAAGUGAUUAGCAGAACAAAACAAGCAAGCAGCCAGUAUCAUCAUCGGAGUGAGGGAAGAGGCCACUAUCGUCUCAAAGCGCUAAGGACUGGUGGUGGUGGGGGCAGCCUGGGAGCAUUAGGGCCCACUGGUUUAGAGCACCUCGGUUCUUCACAUGUUGCGCACAAACAGGCCACCAGCGAGAAUGGCAGCAUACAGCACAGCCUUUCAGAGAGCCAGGCCAGCCCGCUGGCCAACGGGAAGCGCCUCGGACAGUCGGUGCCGACCAGCCCCUCGGAGGGAAGCGACGGGGGAAGCAGCGGAAGUCGCAAGCCUUUCCCGCUGCCGCCCUCUAUGGCCAGCAGAGCGGCCAUGCACGGCGCUCAGAGACGCUGCGCCAGUAGAGACAAUUUGAAGCUGGAGCGAGACACUAAGCGCUGCUCCUACCCUUUGAACAGUGCCGCCACCACCACGGUGCCCGGCGCCGCUGCCCCAAAUGGCACCCUCAAAAAGUCAGGGCUCGAGCUGGAACCGGACAUGAGUGGCACGGACCAAUCCCAGAGCUCGGUUGGAAUGAAGAGUGGUUUGUGGAAAAGUGAAACCACAGUGUAACGUAUACUUAUAUGUGAACUUCUAUGCAUGGCCCUAAUGGACUAAAAUGAUUGGGUUGUGUUUUAACGGUCUCCUGAUUAUAAUAGUUAUAUAAUUUAAGAUAUAAAAUCAUUAAGGCAUCCAGGACGCUAAACUGGUACUUUUUGCCUUGUAGCAAGAGUUUGCUGUGAAAUGGUUAACAAUGAGGCAGAUUUUUUCUACUCCCUUUUUGAAAAAUAAGAGGCUCAUUCAUCUUGAAUCAUUUCACAAAGUACAAGAUAUCUCUGGAAUUGGCAUAUGAUGUUGAUUUUGGAUGUCUAAUGAAAGCUUUACUGUAUUAGUUGUGAUUUUUCUAUGCAUAUCAACUAUAGCAUGAAAUGGAGUAAAAACUCAUCUAGUUCCAAAGUACAGCACAGUAUAUGCAUUUAAUCUGCGGACAACCUUUCACUCUUUUUUGUUUGCUCCAAGUAAUUGUUUGUUUGGGUUCAUACAUACUUUUGUGUGUGUGUGUGUGUGUGUGUGUGUGUGUGUGUGUGUGUGUGUGUGUGUGUGUGUGUGUGUGUGUGUGUGUGUGUGUGUGCAUAAAUGAUAGUCGAGUAAUUGCAUGACUGUGGCUGUACAGAAUCUCAGUGAAUUAAAAAAAAACGUUCCAGACUUUUGAAUA